UGCCUAAGUAAUGUAAUGGGAGUCUUAUUCUCAUAAAACCAAGGUUACUACCAGUUUAGAUUAUCAAUUCGAGCGAGUAUCAUCUUGUUACACAGUCAAAAUGGUUCUUUCACUAUGCAGAUGGGAGGGCAAAGUGGCUGUAGUGACCGGUGCAAGUUCAGGAAUCGGUGCUGCAAUUGCUGACGCUUUGGUAGAAAACGGUCUCAUCGUUGCUGGAUUUGCUCGUCGCUCUGAACUGAUCGAAGCGCGGGCCAAAAAUCUCGAAGGAAAAAAAGGGAAACUCCACGCUGUUAAAACUGACAUGAGCAAAGAAGAUGAAAUCAUCAAAGCUUUCAAAUGGGUUGAAGACAACCUCGGACAUGUCCACAUCUUAAUAAACAAUGCUGGUGUUUCUAAGGAAAGUUUCUUAGCAAACGGAGAUGCUGAGGCUUGGAGGAACACUUUUGAUGUUAACGUAAUAGGAUUAUGUAUUGCCACAAGAGAAGCUGUGAAAUCAAUGACAGCAAACAACAUAAAUGGGCAUAUUAUUCACAUUAAUAGCAUUGCAGGGCAUAAAGUUGUGAAUUUUCCCGGGAUUAAUGUCUACUCAGCCAGCAAAUAUGCAGUCGCAGCUUUAGCUGAGACUUUGAGGCACGAGUUUCUCGCUCUGGGGUCGAAAAUCAAAAUUACGAGCAUUAGUCCUGGAUUGGUUAUAAGUGAAAUGACAACUCUUAGUACAGGAUACAGUCCCGAACGAUUGGAAAUGCUGAAAAGUCUACCAAUACUAAAGUCUGAAGACAUUGCAGAUGCAGUAUGCUAUGUAUUGUCCACACCUGAAACUGUCCAGAUAAACGAACUGACAAUCACUCCAGUCGGCGAAAAACUUUGAAGAAUGUUUUAAUUUUUUAACAGUACGAUUCACAUAACACUACGAGCCUACAUUUACAUCUGCAUUUGCCCGUCAGUUUCACAGUGAAUGACUCUGUACAGGUGUCUGGAAAGUCGUGCUCCUCAUUAAAGGGGAGUAAUUGGGUAGUCCCUUAGGGUAUCAAAAAAAUGUUUAAAAGAAAUACACAUGCUCCAUCAGAGCCUAAACAAUUUAUGAAAAAAGGCAACAUCGCUCAAAAAUACACGUAAAAACAGAAAUUAAAUAUUAUAAUGAAAGUCUUGGAUACAAUUAAAAGGUGUUAAACACAUUUAAUUUCUAAUAUUUAAAUCCAUGGUUACGCCGUUGUGGUAUUGUUAGUCGGAUUAGUUCGACCAUGACUGUAAUUUAUAUUUAUGUUGUUGAAUACAACGGAGCGUAGAACAGCUUUAUUAUUUAAAGUAUUUACAAAUAAUCAAUGCACUAAAAAAAUAUAACAAAUGCUCAUUUGGCAUGCACUGUUUGUAAUGUUUCUUGAGCACUAGCACUAGUAGCACUAGCUACUAGCAGCAUGAAUUCGGUUCACCAAUUCCUCUCAAGUUCUUCUUCUAAAAUUGCUUCUUCUGCAGCAACGUUUUUCGUACCUCUGGGCCGACCAAGUUCCCUUGGUAAAAGAUCCAAACGACCCGUUUAUCGCAUUAUAUGGUGCAGUCUAUGAAAAAAGUUUUCGUCUGGAUACCUUCGAUUUGGGGUAUCAUAUGUCAUAUUGACGAGCGGCUUCACUUGAAGUUCCAGCAUAUUCACCAAACAGCGAGUCCAAGUCACAAUAUUCAUUGUAGGAAAACAUUUGAAUCUUUUACUAACACUUUUUGAAACUGAAAAACUACCGCUGAAAAAUGAAAUAAAAAUUUUAAUGACAAUAUAAGCAAUCACUGUAACCACGGUUUCAUCUGAACAACAAUGGUUUGUGCCAAGUGUUACCAGAUUUAUCAUCAUUGUUGACUCAAAAAUGUUGUUAACAUUUCUAAAAGAAUUUGAAAAUUUUAUAUGCAAUAUCAUUUAUAUCACAAAUGAAUUUGAAUCCGAAGGGGCAUUUUUGGCAAAGAAUUUUUAUUCUUUGCUUCAUCAUAUCUUCAACAAUAAAAGUCUUAGGUUUUUUUUAACAUUUUUCUUGUUGUCUACGACUUUCCGGACACUCCGUACACUGUAUUGUUAUUAUUUCUCAACCUGCUUGUGGAAACAGUGCUUGAAGCUUGUUGUAUUUCUUACUUAAUAAAACAAAAAAAUGGAAAAAUUACUAUGUAUUUAUUAAUAUAGAUUUAAACAAU